AUGCGCUCCGAGCCAGUAACCGAUAUUCUCGAAGCGUGCUUGCGGUCAAUGGUAGAAAACGAUAUGUUGAUCACUUUAGAGAAAUCAAACCGUACGAUGGUAGCGACCACGGGCGUGUCUGGUACUCAGCAGCUUGUUCGUGUGGUCCUGAAUACACAGGGAUACAGUCGCAAAAAAGUUGAGUUUCAUGCACCACCAUCUUCCACCGAUAUCGCAACGACAGAGUUACUGGGACGUCUCGAUCGCUGGGAAGCACAGGCACGUCGGUCCGUUUACUUAGUCGGUAAGACUCCGUUCGGACGAAACGGUCGGAUUGUAUAUGGGUAUUCGCAUAGAAGGCGCCAGUUGUAUAUAAGAUCGAACUCCAAGAGAAAGAUUUCAUCAUCUGUUCUAGCUGCAGUGGAUAUAUUUGGCGGCCUCGGAUUCUCUCGCAGAGAAGGCUCAUGA